AUGUCGACCAAACCAUACUAUACGUUGCUUCUUUGGCUCCUUGUGGCUGUCAUUGGCUUGUUUGCCCGUGUCAAAGCUGAAGACAUUGUCUAUGUGACCACCACUGUAGACGCUUCGACAAUUGUGGCAGCGUCGCCCACCGCGCCGAGUCCGGCCUCUUACACUUCUUUCGACGACUUCAAGAAGACAGUCUUGCAAGUUAGCAAUGACUAUCGCCAAUCUCACGAUGCAAAACCAUUAGUCUGGAAUGAGGCCUUGACGGAAUAUGCGCUGAACUGGGCAAAGGCUUGUGUUUGGAAGCAUUCGCAUGGUCCCUAUGGUGAGAACCUCGCCUAUGGUUAUCCCAAUGCUACUGCGGCAAUCGAUGCCUGGGGCGAUGAAGGCAAGCUAUACGAUUUCCACAAGCCGACGGGCUUCACAGAGAAGACCGGUCACUUCACACAACUGGUCUGGAAAUCGACGGCCGAAGUGGGAUGCGCUGCGGUCAACUGCGGAUAUACAUACGAUAAGGCACGAGCAGACAAUGAGGACGACCCCCUUUUGGACGCUAGAGCUGAGGACAGCGCCCCGAGAGCACAGGGCUGGUAUGUGGUGUGCGAGUAUACCCCAGCUGGAAACGUGGUUGGCGAACACGACAAGUACUUCAGGAAAAAUGUCGUACCGAAGGAAUCGAGUACAUCUUCUACUCAUCCAAGCGGAGGCUCAACCAUGACCAGCGAGAAGUCAUUCUCGCUGCGUCUGACGCUGCUAGCUCUCGGGACCAUAGCCGUUGGAAUGAGUCUAUAUACAUAG